CUAGGUGCUAAACGUGUGGUUCACACUCUGGACGGAACUGCCUCAUAAAUAUCCUCCCGCUCCUCUCUUCUUCUACUUCUUCUUCUUCUCCUCUAUAAUCUCUGGCUCUCUCAUGUCAUCCUCUCUCCCUCUCUCUUUCCCCUUUGCUUUCCGCCAUCACCAUCACAAGUCACACUCCUUUCUCUUCAAUUCCUCCCCGCUCUCUCUCUCUCUUUCCAGCUCUCUCCGCUGCUUCUCCUCCUCAAAUCCCUCCGAUUUAGAACGCGAAGAAAUCCGCUGGCUCCGCGAGGAACAGAGAUGGCUCCGAGAAGAGCAACGAUGGCUCCGCGAGGAACAGCGGUGGAUCCGCGAGCGCGAGUCUCUCCUCCGCCAAAUAGCUGAUCUAAGGCUCCAAAUUCAAGCCCUAGACAGUCAGAAUCCCACUCCAGGAGCUUCGGUAUCUGAGAUGAUUGCGAAUAUUGGGACUCUGUUGCAGGUUUUGAAGGAUAAGAAUCGGAUUGCGGAGAGCGGAUUGAGUGCGAAUCCAAUGGUGUUGGAAGGAAGGAAGAGAGACGAAAUGGACGUGGAACAAGAAGAGAAGCGCGUGGUCGUGGAGGAGAUUCGGAUAUUGGAGAGAGAGGGGAAAGUGGAGGAAGAGAAGAAGAGCGUAAAGAAGGAAAAACGAAUCUUGAGAACGGGCAGCGAAGGAGAGGAGGUGCGAGAGAUGCAGGAAGCACUGCUUAAAUUGGGAUUUUACUCAGGUGAGGAGGAUAUGGAAUUCUCCAGCUUCUCUAGCGGGACUGAGCGUGCUGUAAAGACUUGGCAAGCAGCCAUUGGUGUCCCUCAAGACGGGAUGAUGACGGCAGAACUCCUUGAAACAUUGUUUGUGGAACAACUGAUUGAUAGAGGUGUCUCAAAUAUAAAUGCUAAUCAGGAGAGUUCAUCUCCAAUAAAGCAAGAGGAGAACGCAAAUGGAAGCGCAGUUGCUUCUGUAACUCAAAUCUCAGAGAUACAGCAGACAGUUGUGAAGGAAGAUGGUGCUACAGAAAUCGAGGUGUCUGAACAACGUGUUUUUCUUCUUGGAGAGAAUCGAUGGGAAGAACCCUCUAGACUUAAGGGCAAAAAUAAACAAGUUGGAAGCAAGUCCACAGGCACCACAACAAAGUGUCUCACCUGUCGAGGGGAGGGCCGGUUGAUGUGUACAGAAUGUGAUGGGACUGGCGAGCCAAACAUUGAACCGCAGUUUCUGGAGUGGGUAGAUGAAGGAGCAAAAUGUCCCUAUUGUGAAGGCCUGGGUUACACUGUUUGCGAUGUAUGUGAAGGGAAAACGCUUGUCUAGUCAAAUGUUCUGUAUGCAUCAUGUAACAUCAUAUUUUAUGCAGUAACAACACCAAAUUGUGAAUCUAUACUGUGCAGUGCUAUAGAGAAUCAUAAAAGGUUGGGUCUACAAACUGUUAUUGUAGGUCCAGAUCCUUAUCCAAGAGAGAAGGAACCACCUAAUUCUCUCUUUCAAACUCA